AUGCAAAGUGAUCAAUUCGUUCUCCUGUCUAUCGCUUGUAGUAUUCCAAAACUCAGAGUCGGCUGGCACAGCGACCGGAAUCAAGGCAAAGACAAACUUAGAGAGUUCCUAAUGGCUUUCGAAACUACCAACCAAUCUCAGUCUCAUCUUCACUUUGUUCUCUUCCCUUUCAUGGCUCCAGGCCACAUGAUCCCCAUGGUUGAUAUUGCAAGGCUCUUGGCCCAACGCGGUGUGACCAUAACCAUUGUUACUACGCCUCACAACGCAGAUAGGUUCAAGAACGUCCUAAGCCGAGCCAUCCAGUCCGGCUUGCCCAUUAGGCUGGAGCAUGUUAAGUUUCCAUACCAAGAAGCUGGUUUGCCAGAAGGACAAGAAAAUGCAGAUUUGCUUGACUCAAUGGAGUUGAUAGUACCAUUCUUUAAGGCGGUUAACAUGUUCGACGAGCCAGUCAUGAAGCUCAUGGAAGAGAUGAAACCUAGACCAAGCUGUCUAAUAUCUGAUUUUUGUUUGCCUUAUACAAGCAAAAUCGCUAAGAAGUUCAAUAUCCCAAAGAUCAUUUUUCAUGGCGUGUCUUGCUUUUCGCUUUUGUGUAUGCAUAUUCUACACCAAAACCUCGAGAUGUUAGAGGCUUUAAAGUCUGACAAAGAGUAUUUUUUGGUCCCUGGAUUUCCUGAUAGAGUUGAACUUACGAAACCUCAAAUUCCUCUGCAAACUAAUGCUAGUGGAGACUGGAAAGUGUUCUUGGACGAACAAGUAGAAGCCGAUGAGACAUCCUAUGGUGUAAUCGUCAACACAUUUCAGGAUCUGGAGUUUGCUUAUCUGAAUGACUACAAGGAGGCUAGGGCUGGUAGAGUUUGGUCCAUCGGACCAGUUUCCUUGUGCAACAAGAUGGGAGCAGACAUAGCUGAAAGAGGAAACAAGGCGGCCAUUGGUCAAGACGAGUGUCUUAAAUGGCUUGAUUCUAAAGACAAAAGGUCAGUGCUAUAUGUUUGCCUUGGAAGUAUAUGCAAUCUUCCUCUUGCUCAGCUUAAAGAGCUCGGAUUAGGCCUCGAGGAAUCUCAAAGACCUUUCAUUUGGGUAAUAAGAGGUUCAGAGAAGUACAAUGAGCUAGCUGCGUGGAUCUUGGAAAGCGAUUUUGAAGAAAGAACCAAAGAGAGAGGGCUACUCAUUAAAGGAUGGUCGCCUCAAAUCCUUAUCCUUUCACACCCUGCUGUUGGAGGAUUUUUGACACAUUGUGGAUGGAACUCGACUCUUGAAGGAAUCACCUUGGGUGUUCCACAGCUGACUUGGCCAUUGUUUGGAGACCAGUUCUGCAACCAGAAACUGGUCAUGCAAGUUCUAAAAGCGGGUGUAAGAGCCGGAGUUGAAGAGGCAAUGAAAUGGGGAGAAGAGGAGGAGAUAGGAGUGUUAGUGGAUAAAGAAGGAGUGAAGAAGGCAGUGGAGGAGUUAAUGGGUGAGAGUGAUGAUGCAAAAGAGAGAAGGAAAAGUGUGAAAGAGCUUGGGAAAUUAGCUCACAAAGCUGUGGAGGAAGGAGGCUCUUCUCACUCUAACAUCACGUUCUUCUUACAAGAAAUAGUGACACACACACAAUCCCAAAAAUGA